CCUAGAGGACACCCACAAGAAGAAAGGAAAAGAAAUCUCAAUUUUGAAGAACUGAAAGACUGGGGACCAAAAGAUGUCAUUAAGAUGAGUACACCUCUAGUUAAAAAAAUGCCACCCUCGGCAGCCAACCUGCCUCUGAGAUUUGGAAGAAAUAUAGAGGUGAGCAUCUCGAGACAUGUUCCUAAUCUGCCCCAAAGGUUUGGAAGAAUGACAACAGCCAAAA